GAAAAGCACCUUUUAUCAGAGUUUUUGCACAAUGAAUGUGACUUACAGGCAGAGAACCUUUUACUAGAGUUUUUGCACAACAAAUAUAACUUACAGGCAGAGAACAUUUUACCAGAGUUUUUGCACAAUGAAUGUAACUUACAGACAGAGAAUCUUUUACUUUGA